UGCCAGAGAAUCAGCAGCAAGCAGGGCAGACGCAGCAGAGAGACAGAGAGAGAGGGAGGAAGAGACAGGGAGAGCCAGUGCUGACUACUACUGAGGAGAAGAUAGCUGAGGCAGAGGCAGCUCCAGGAGGAUCUGCUGCCUGGUCUGCAUCUCCAGCCUCCACCUCCUCUCCCCCUGCGGAAGGCCAGGUUAGUCCAACAGGAUGGGCUGCACCACUAGCAAACUGGCCUGCCAGCCUCCAACCCAGCCCCCAGGAGCCUCGACCCCUGGACAAGACAAUCAGUCUUUGAGCCAGCUGGAAGCCCAGGGGCCCAAAGGCCUGGAGGUCCUAUCUAGUCUGGAGCGCCUUUCCCAGGCCACGGGCGGCAUGGAGAAGUCCUGGUAUCGCUGCAUCUUCCCCUUUGGCAUCAUCUCGUUGGUGAUCGGUGUGUCGGGCACGGCUGUUACUUACACAUACAAUGACCUGCCCCUGACCAAAGUGGUGACGGUAGUGUUGCUUAUAGCCGGACUGGUGCUGACACUGACCGCCGUCGCCUGCUGGACGGUCCACAAGAGAAAGAAGAGGAAAAAGAAAGAGAGGGCUUCAGGAGCCGGAGGAGGAGGAGGGAGCUCCUUUACCUCAGAGCAGUGCCCCUUGUGAGGAACACCUGGAGCCUGGGAUAUUCUGACCACACAGGGACAUGAGAGGAGAGAAGCCCCAGGAAGGGAGCACCGCCAGGGGGGUGGGCUAGCCACCACCACCAGCCCUCCCUAGUCUUUAUGGAGCCUGGGAUAUUCUGACCACACAGGGACAUGAGAGGAGAGAAGACCCAGGAAGGGAGCACCGCCGGGGGGUGGGCUAGCCACCACCACCAGCCCUCCCUAGUCUUUAUGGAGCCUAGCUGCUCUUGGCUCAGCUCAUAGCUCGGGAAUAGGCGUGGAGAGGAGGAGGAUAAGGACUCAGGAAGAGGUGUGGAGGAGGAGGACAAGGACUCAGGAAGAGGUGUGGAGGAGGAGGACAAGGACUCAGGAAGAGGUGUGGAGAGGAGAAAAACAAGGACUCAGGAAGAGGACGAGGAGAGGACGAGGAGAGGACGAGGACAAGGACACAGGAAGUGGUGUGAAGAGGAGGAGGAUGAGGAGGACACAGGAAGAGGUGUGGAGAGGAGGAUUCAGGAAGAGUUGUGGAGAGGAGAAGGAUAAGGACUCAGGAAGAGGUGGGGAGAGGAGAAAAACAAGGACUCAGAAAGAGGUGUGGAGAGGAGGAGGACGAGGACACAGGAAGAGGUGUGGAGAGGAGGAGGAUGAGGACUCAGGAAGAGGUGUGGAGAGGAGAAAAACAAAGAUUCAGGAAGAGGUGUGGAGAGGACGAGGACUCAGGAAGAGGUGUGGAGAGGAGGAGGACUAGGGCACAGGAAGUGGUGUGGAGAGGAGGAGGAUGAGGACUCAGGAAGAGGUGUGGAGAGGAGGAGGACGAGGACACAGGAAGUGGUGUGGAGAGGAGGAGGAUGAGGACUCGGGAAGAGGUUUGGCGAGGAUGAGGGCUCACGGACAGACAGACGGGCGGAGGAAGUACCUGUGGAACUCUGAGGAGAGAGAGACAGAGGGAGAGAGAGACGGAUGGGUCUGGCAUGCGGGUUCACCACCUCCUCACACACACAAGCUUUUACAGUCGGACAGCAGGUGUCCAGUGUCAAAACAACCUCUCAGGAGACAUGCACACACACACCCUGAGACCCCCUCACACACAUUGACACACGCAGCGGGAGCCACACAGACACUUAAUCCGCUAUGCCGAGCUGCUGCCGGAGUCAGUGCUGCCGUCACCGGCCGUGUCAGUCGCGGCAUUCCUCCCAGCCAGGACAGGUGACAAGCCGACCGACCGGUGAAAAGUGGGCCAGCGACGGCAACUCGACACCGGGCCGAAAGAGGAGUGCACCCGCGUCAGUGCCCCGCGUCAUUCACUCGUCCUGUGACACUGCAGCAAUGUGUUUGGGCUUUUUUUACGCAACGGGAGAGUGGAACCUGAGUCCGCCAGGAUCUUACUGGCAGCUGGUGGUAGAGGGACGAGAAGAGGAGCAGGAGAGGGCAGGAAAAUGAUGUGUUUAUUUGUGCGAGUGUAUUUGUGUAAGUGUGUGUAUGUGUGUGUGCAAGAAAGACAUUCUACUGGACCGAAAGAGUAUGUACAGAACCUGUGGACUUUUUCCAGUGUAAGAACUAAUGUACGGAACAAAGAAAUCACACAUCUACACUAUUACACUAGAACAGAGUGACCAGUCCCUUCAGUAUUACAGUAGUAGGUCAUUGUCUGUGCCUUUGUGCCUUUCUGAGGCACAGAAAAGACUACUAUUCUAGACUGUGGAAUACAGACCAAGGAGGAGAAUAUUCCACAUGGAGUCAUAAAGGCCCAAAGGAAACCAUGUCUCUGCCUCAGCCAUUGGUAACACAAAAGUCUGAGUUUUUAGGUCCAGCACUGGUAUUAAUCCUCGCAGUGAAAAAGUGACAUAAUGGCAUUUUCCACUAUGUUUUUCUCCAUGCAGCCAUUCUGAGAGUGGACAGUGGAGUGGAGAGAGCUGAGUGACUGCACUGCACACCUGACACACUGUAGUGUGACUAUGAGCAUUGACCUCUGUCAGUUUUUCUGCAGUCGUAGGACCUCAGCUCCUCUCUCACAGAGAGAGAAAGAGAGAGAGCGAGCAGGGGACAGGAUGGGAUAAAUGAAGGACAUUACUGCUGGGGGGACAUUCCAGCGAGGGACACUUUGACUUGGUGACACUCCACUCUGAGGGACCCCUCCCGUCCCCUUUCCAGUGCCUUGAGCGAGUGGAGCAGAGAACUGGAGAGCUGGAUCAUGGAAAAAGGCUCUGACUUGCGUGUUACCCGUUUCCAUCUGCUCUUCUGAGAAUUUCCCCCUCUCUCUCCUCCUCUCUCUCUCCUCCUCCUCCCUCUCUCUCCUCCCUCUAUCUCAUCCCUCUCUCUCCUCCCUCUCUCUCCUCCUCUCCCUCUCCUCCCUCUCUCCUCUCUCUCCUCCUCUCCCCUCUCCUCUCCUCCCUCUCUCUCCUCCCUCUCCUCUCUCUUCCCUCUCCCCUCCUCCUCUCCCUCCCUCUCUUUCCUCCUCUCCCUCCCUCUCCUCCUCUCUCUCCCCUCCCUCUCUCUCCUCCUCUCCCUCUCUCCUCUCUUUCCUCCUCUCCCUCCCUCUCUUUCCUCCUCUCCCUCUCCUCCCUCUCUCUCCUCCUCUCCCUCUCCUCCCUCGACCCUGACAGACAGACAGCUAUCUCAGGGGGAGACAACCCUCCUUCCCUCACAUUACUAUUACCAUUCAAACAUGUCCUACUCCCCCCUCACCAUGUUUCUCAUCUCUCGUGGAAUACCCCGUUGUGACUGACCACUGGAGGAGACUGGGACUACUGCAGCACGACAAACACACACACAAACACACACACACGCAAACACAUACGCAAGCAAACACACACACGCAGACACACACACACGCAAAUACACACCAAGACCGGUUUUCCAUCCUUUCCUCUCUUUCCUCAAUGUUCGUGAAAAAUGAGGAAACUGCUCUGUGAUCUGGAAACCCUCUCUUGCGGUGGUGAGGAUUUAUUAAUGGCAUUGAUUUGAUUGGACCAUCCUCAUUUCGUACUGAUGAAUCAGUGUUUUAAAAGGAUCUGUACAGGUUUGUGUCAUUAGGGAAUAGAGGAGGUGUACUCAUCUAGCUUCUCUCAAUAGAUGUUCUGAGAAUGAAUAGGCGAGGCUACACAGUGUUACUGAGACCACCACUUGGGCUGAUUGUCUUGAUAAUAGAACUAACAUAUUGAUGGUUGUCUUGACGAUAUAACUAACAUAUUGAUGGUUGUCUUGAUGAUUGAACUGACAUAUUGAUGGUUGUCUUGACGAUAGAACUAACAUAUUGAUGGUUGUCUUGACGAUAGAACUAACAUAUUGACGGUUGUCUUGACGAUAGAACUAACAUAUUGACGGUUGUCUUGAUGAUAUAGAACUAACAUAUUGAUGGUUGUCUUGACUACUACAGUGUAUCUCUGGAUGCGUAGAGAGAGUUAAAUGGAUGUAGAUUAGAAUGCACAUACACGUGAACAGAGGUAGAGAAGGGAGUCUGGCCUUCAGUCUGGAGCGGUGCCUGUUUUGAAUGGGCUCUCCCCUUGAGAAAAGUGUCAUUGAUUAGCCAAGUAUUGAUCCAGUCCCAUAGAACACCAAUGGCAUCUAGCAUGGUGUUAAAUGUGUCUAUUCAUAAAGAGAAAUCAGAUACAUAACCUUUCAGUGCCAAAGACUCGGUCUGCAUCCCAAAUGGCACCCUAUUCCAUAUAUAGGGAAAAGGGUGCCAAUAAAGGGUGCCAAUAAAGACGCAGACUCUCUCCACUCACAGGUCAGCCUCAGCUCUAUGGUUACAUGUCUAGUGUAGUAGGAUAGACAUGCAAUGGCAUGGAUCAGCCCUUUCUCCUGCUUUUGCCUUUGUCCUGAAUAUGUUGCAGCUUAUUGUGUGUGAAUGUACUGUAACUAUGUCCUCUAUUGAACGUGUUAGUCAGUACAGCUUUGUCUUAUAUCCUCUAUUCUUCAACCCAGCCAAACUGAGGUGAGCUCUACUGCGCUUGAUGAACUAACGCAGUAUGGUUCAGAUUGGCACAAUAGUGUGAAAAGGCGAGAGAGAGAGAGAGAGAGAGAGAGAGAGAGAGAGAGAGAGAGAGAGAACAGAAGAGAGAGAGAGAGAGAGAGAGAGAGAGAGAGAGAGAGAGAGAGAGAGAGAGAGAGAGAGAGAGAGAGAGAGAGAGAGAGAGAGAGAGAGAGAGAGAGAGAGA